GCUCUUUCUCCUACUAGCUAGUAGUAUUAUUAGGCCGCGUCCAUUUGGCAUCUCUCCCGCCGCGCGCUUCCAUUCCAUUCCAUUCCAUGGAACGAGAGUCAUCGCCGUUCAUUCAUUCACCAAGGAAUUAGAUUAGGUCUCCUAGCUGCUAAGUAAUUGCUUUGGCACAAGAGCCAUUCAUUUGAUGCUGGAAGAAGAAGCUGGGCUCAGAAAAUGGACCAGAAAACCAACAGGAGGAAGAAGUCUCCCUUUGUAAGGACUCCUACUAUGAAGGGUAGGAAUUCUUCAUCGAGACACGGUGCUGAGCUCUCUAUGAACACUACAGUUGAUUUGAAAGAGAGACCAGAUCACUCACCCGUGGCUUCGCCGUCAGCAUCAUCUUCAUCCUUCUUCAAAAGUACAAGCCUGAAAUUCAGCAAUUUCAGUUCUCCUGCAUCAACCAGCACGCAUAUUGAGUCUUUUAGGGUAUUUGCAGCAACAUGGAACGUCGCCGGAAAGACUCCAGAUAUGGAGCUGAAUCUGAAUGACUUGCUGCCUUCUGAUGACCAUUCAGAUAUUUAUGUUCUAGGAUUCCAAGAGGUCGUCCCUCUCAACGCCGGGAACGUGCUUGUGAUCGAGGACAACGAGCCGGCGUCGAGAUGGCUCGCGCUCACCAACCAGGCGCUCAACCGGACUUCGUCGUCGCCGCCGGCUAGCCGGUCCUUCAGCCAGUCCGCCUCUCCCGCUUCGGCACUCCACACGGCGAGCUCCAGCCCGCUCGACCCAUCGCUGUUUCACAAGAACGGGUCCUCCCCCAGAGAGGUUCGCCGCGCCGCCAUCACCCGCGGCCGCCG